CCCCACCUCGUUUCCAUCACCUCCCUAUCUUCCCCCAUUGCCUUAAAGCACACUUCAGAAUGACACAGCACCAUACUCCUUUCCUGUAUAUUUAUCAGAUCACCUUCUGUUUCUUUAAGCUGACCGCAGUGCUUCCUCCUUCCUCCUCAGCCUGAGAAGAAUGGGCAGCGUUGCGACUGGGAGAACGAUCACUGGAUGGGCUGCAAGAGAUGCCAGUGGGAUCCUAUCGCCCUACACCUUCACCUUGAGGAAGACGGGACCGGAAGACGUGGUGAUCAAGGUGCUCUUCUGCGGUGUUUGCCACACCGAUCUCCACCAGACCAAGAACGACCUUGGCGGCUCCAAGUAUCCCAUGGUUCCUGGGCAUGAGGUGGUGGGGGAGGUGGUGGAGGUGGGGGCGGAGGUGACCAGGUUCAGGCUGGGCGACACGGUGGGCGCCGGCGUGAUCGUCGGAUGCUGCCGCGAGUGUGCGCCAUGCAAGGCGGGCGUCGAGCAGUACUGCAACAAGAAGGUCUGGUCGUACAACGAUGUGUACGCCGACGGCAAGCCCACCCAAGGCGGGUUCGCGUCGGCUAUGGUGGUGGAUCAGCAGUUCUUGGUGAGGAUUCCUUCAGCUCUGGCCCCUGAGCAAGCUGCUCCGCUCCUCUGCGCCGGGGUGACUGUGUACAGCCCCCUGAAGCACUUCGGGCUGACGGCCGGCGGUCUCAGGGCCGGGAUUCUUGGCCUUGGUGGCGUGGGCCACAUGGGGGUCAAGUUCGCCAAGGCCAUGGGUCAUCACGUCACCGUCAUCAGCUCCUCCCAUCGCAAGCGCGCCGAGGCCGUCGACCACCUCGGCGCCGACGCCUACCUCGUCAGCUCCGACGAGGACGCGAUGGCCGCCGCCGCCGACAGCCUCGACUACAUCGUCGACACCGUGCCGGCGUUCCAUCCGCUGGAGCGCUUCCUCCCGCUGCUGAAGCUGGACGGCAAGCUGAUCCUGUUGGGCGUCAUCAACCAGCCGCUGCAGUUCCUCACUCCCAUGGUGAUGCUGGGGCGGAAGUGCAUCACCGGGAGCUUCAUAGGGAGCAUGCAGGAGACGCAAGAAAUGCUGGAGUUUUGCGUGGAGAGAGGGGUGACGUCCACUAUCGAGGUGGUGAAGAUGGAGUACGUGAACGAAGCCUUCCGGCGACUGGAGCGUAACGACGUCCGGUAUCGCUUCGUCGUGGAUGUGGCCGGCAGCAAUCUCGACGCUUGAUUCAAGUCCCGCUUACAAAUCUCGUCCCUCACCUUUCUUUCCUAUGCAUGCUUUCCUUUCCUGCUCGAUAUGGAUAUUGUCAUUUGCCGACUA